AUGACCGAGAAUUGGUAUACCACUUGCCCCGAACUGGCUCAACGCGAUCCGUACCAAUAUCCCCUCAAUGAGUUCCCUCCGUCAGCGCCUGUCUCGCCCCCGUCGGAGAUCAGCUCACCCAAUCAGUCUUUGCCUGCACGGAUCAAUAAUCUCGCGUCCAGUGAUCUGAAAAAAGAUCUAACUUUCGGCAUGGCGACCGCUGCCGAGUAUGCGGAACACCAUCGUGGGAUCUCUCCUGUCAAAGCGGGGUCCCACUAUUCGCCGUUGGAGCCGUACCAGUCGGAUCCAUAUGAUCCAUUUUUGACAGCACAGCCCUCUGAUCCCGAGCAAGGCGAGUUCGAUGCGAGCGCCUUUCGUCUGACCUCCAAGACUGGGGCUGUUGCCGAUGACCCGUCUUCUGUGGAGGGAGCCGAUUGCUUCGCCGGGCAGCCUCAGGGGUGCACAUUCCAGGACUCCAACAAGGUCGCAAAUUUGGGGGAGGACAUCUCGACACUCAAAGUGACAGGUGCUGACUCCGCGUUUCUGGAAAGCCCGCUUCAGGUGUCCGGUCUAAGCUCGGGGAAUCUGUCUUCAAUUGCUGCCAUUGAUACGAAAUGGCUGACAUCUGAGACGGUCGACCCGACCCUCUAUACAAGCGCAGAGUACAUGAUGCCCAGUCCGUCAUCCAUGCCGGAGGUGGCAUCGGUGCAGCAUCAUCUCAACACUAUGCUGGCCGAAAAUACAUUGGCUUUGACAAGCCAGGACAGCAGCUCGAUUGAGGAUCCAUCUCAAGGUCCACCUAGAUUGACAAUCUCCACGGACUAUACCUCCAUUCCAAUGAGGGGACGGAGCCCUAUCAUCACCAUUUCAGCGACGUCACGCGGAGACUCGCCGGAAGAGCAGGCCAUCGAGGCAUUUCCCAGUUCCUCAUUCCUUUCGCCCUCUGGCCAUCAAGAUGGCUCAAUCAAUCAUGAAAAUCGGGAGAAUGAUCUUUUCUUCCCCGGUUCUGCUUCUGCAGAUUUCGCACACAGCGUUGGCCUUUCGCAGAGCCAUGCAGAUGCCCGUCACGGGCUAGAUCCUCAUUCCCGGGGGCAUGAAUAUGGCCCGAGCCCUAAUGAGAUCGAGGCGCAGCUGAAGCAGAGCCGGAAAAAUGAAGAGAUUGAUCGCUGGCAGAAAAGUGUGUCUGAAGUCAACAGUGAUGCUGGCGAUGAACCGUCAAAUGUCCCGAGAGGCCGUCAAAAGGUCUCGAAUCGCAUACGCGCACUAAGCACCGGUGAUCGGCCUCUUCGGCACGUCGAUUAUUUCAACUUGACCACAAGCCAACGUUCAAUUGUGGGACCCGGUCUGAUGGUGCAUGAAAGUAGUGAGGAGAGCAAUGCAAGUGAAGAUGAUUCGGAAGGUAACUCGUCACCAGAUGGCCUUUCACUGGUUACUGAUGAUCAGCACCCGGAGGCCUCUUCUCCCCCCGUGAUAGUUUCGUCAGAUCUCACUGGGUCCCCGAAAGAGGCCUUCCCCAUGUAUUCACUCUAUGAUGUGUCGCGCGAACCCGUUAGACAGCAGCCUCAAACCUCUGCAUUUGCAAUGGCCAAGUUCGAGGAACGCGCGAGAGAGCAGGACGCGGCUUCCAUCACGGCGACCAUAGAUCAAAACAGUAUCAGAAACCUCAGCCUAAGCCUUGAGCAGUCUCUGAGAUUCCCAGAAACGAAGAGAAAGACUGGCAGCUGGAGUAGCAGCUCUCUCUUCAAACGUGGAGUCCAGCAAGCGCAACAGAGGUUGAAGAGACAGGCCUCGGACUUGUCACUGGCCAGUGCCAAACCCCCGGAGCAAUAUACGGACACAGUCCCCGUCGCCAGCCAACGAAAAGAGAGUACUAGCUCCAGCUACCGACAUCGAUUGAGCUUAUCCGGCAGACACUCGCCAAGGCCGCACACUCGCUCCCCAAGCUUAACAAAUGCGAUCAUUUCCAUGACUGGGAAAAUGGCCGCAGUCGGUGGCAGUCAUUCUGUGCGAGCAACGUCGCCUCAACCUGAUACUGUUCCCAAGGGUCUCGCGCCCAGAUGGGGCCGUGACCGUGCAAAGAGCGAGUUACCGCGACCAAGUACACCUGGUCUAUUCAGCCUAAUGCAAAACGAAGGAGGCCCGCCCGUCGCGAACUUGGCUCCAUUCCACAAAGUGCGCCUCGAUCCAGAUGAGCUGCAACCAGGCCCAGUAUCCCAAGUCAACGCGUCAGACGCCGAAGACAAUGAGGAAACAGAAGUCCGCGUAAAAAAAACGCACCCGAUGGAAUUCCCCAUGCCAUCUACGUUGCCCGUGCCGAGCAAGGAGGGUUUCAAGUCGCAGAUCAUGCAGCUCAACCCGCGCUUGUGUGGAAGCCUCAUUGACCGCUUUGCUGACGAGCAGGUGCGUCGACACCGGAAAUUGGUUGAGUAUCAACAAGCGCACACCACUGCAAUAUCUAGAGGAUUUUGCGAGUCUGGUGAGUUUUGCUUUGCGGUGGGUGGACAGGCGAAAUUACUGGCGCCCAAUAGACCGGCCGCGGAUGGGGACUGUGGGCAUACACAAUAUCGUGUCCUGGACGAUGACGACGCUCCUCAGGGUACGAGUGAAGGGAUAAUGGUAGCUGCAGCUCAACUUCCCGCCGGUGUGCCCUUCCCCCCCGUUGCUCGACUACCAGCUGUAUUUGAGUGCAAUGUUUGUUUUCAAGUCAAAGAGAUCAAGAAACCAUCAGACUGGUCAAAGCACGUCUAUGAGGACGUACAGCCUUUCACAUGCACAUUCCCCGACUGCACUGAGCCAAAGUCGUUCAAACGGAAGGCUGACUGGGUUCGUCACGAGAAUGAGCGACAUCGUCAGCCGGAGUGGUGGACCUGUUCGAUUGAUGGUUGCGCUCAUAGAUGCUUCCGAAAAAACAACUUCAUCCAGCACCUGAAGCGGGAGCACAAAUUUGAAGACAGCCCUGCUGCUCCAGGCAUAGUGGGCAGGCUGGCCACUGAUCACCAUGGGAGGACUAUCGAGCAAUUGGUCGAGGAAUGCAAGCACACUGCAGGCACUACCCCGGCGCAAGAGUCUUGUCCGUUCUGCGACAAUCAUUGCAGUUCGAUCAAGAAACUGACGGCUCAUGUGGCGAAGCACAUGGAACAAUUAGCCAUGCCGGUUUUGCGAUUGGUGAUGCAGAGUGGCGUCGCGUCGAACCAGAUGCAGGCGGUACAACCGACACAGGAGCAACCUACUUGUUUCUCCUCAGCCUCCUUUGGGAAAGGGGUUGAUGGCAGUAAGAUCAAUAGUGAUGCGUUGACCACCACAUUCCAGUCCCAGGUCUCGGCGCCACUGCAAUUUCCGGAGCUGGCCGCUUCAGCCCCAGCCCCGGGUUAUUCUGAUCAGUUUUCUGGCAUGAACUACACUAGCAUGACCGGUGGCGAGAUUUUGAUGGAGCCAGAAGAGAUAAUUGACCCAAUCCAGACGAAUGGUCCAUUUGAGGACCAAUGUGCUACUACCGUCGAAUCUUUCAGUGCAAGUCAAACGCACCCUCCAGCCACGAUGCCCGCCACGCUCAACUUGCAGAGCCACGCGCGUUCAAACCUCCAUGCCUUUGCCCAUGCCAACGUCCACGCUCACCCACACCCCUUACAUCAAAUGUCUGUCUCUUAUCCGCCACUCUGCACGCCGAGAAUCGCUGGUUCCGCAGUUGGCCCAACUUCCUAUUCUGUCUCCUCUCAGUUGCCGCCCCAGGCGCUGCCGACACAACAGGCAGUAGCGUCGGCGGCGAUGGGUCUGGACACAGUUUACAGCGUGCAACAGCCGAUAUCCGAACAGGUUGAUUACCAAGCAUAUCGGGCAGUCGUGCCUCCCACGAACCCGUAUGUCCACGUGCAGGCACAGUACGAUUCCAGUUACUCCUCGCAGAUGGGAUAG